AUGAGUCAGGCCGAACAAAAAGCACCGAAAGCGCCGAAAGAGGUGAAAGCGCUCACUCCUGAAGAGGAGGAAAAGAAGAAACGCCGUGAGGAAUUGAAGAAGGCCAAAUUAGCGAGCAAGAAUGAGAAGUUCCAGAAGAAGCAACAAGCGCAGGCUGCAGC